AAGCUGAGUCGGCUAUGUCAGCGUCAAAUGACAUUGCUGAAGCAACAAAGGUUAGAGUUAAAUACUGUGUAUUGUCCUGCAUGCAGUUUUAAUCGAAGCUUUUGGCUCCCCGGGAGGUAGAACACUGCGUACUUCGUGCCGUGAGGUCCAAGAACGAAUAUGCCCCUACCAAUUUUCCCACUCGCGGCUGCUGCUGCAGGCACUACAGCUGUGGCAGCAUACCUCAACGCCAAAUACCACCUCACUCAUGACGCAAGCUUGAUCCUAAACGGCAUUUCCACGGCACGCUUCGUCGCCAAAGCUGAGGCCGAAAAGCGCCUAACGAAUUUCCAUGUUCUAAGAGACCAGUGUCUCAAAAACCGACCCAACCAGCUUUUUGUCAUGUAUGAAGGUAGACAGUAUACGUAUGGCGAGUUCUUCAAGCUAGUCACUCGAGUCGGUAAUUGGCUGAUGAAAGAGCUUGGUAUCAAGGAAGGCGAGAUUGUCGCACUGGACGGUACCAACUCUCCCGAAUACCUGGUCUUCUGGUGGGCAUUGGAGGGCAUCGGGGCUAUACCAAGCUUCUUAAACAACAACUUGACGGGCAAUGCUUUGCUGCAUUGCGUGAAACUCAUUGAUAGCCGAUACCUGCUUGCAGACAAGCAGGAUGCCGGCGUUGUUGAGCCGUGUAUAGACGAGCUAGCUCAAGCUGGGGUCAAGACAAUAUACUACGACCGGGCGUUCGUGGAGUCGUUGAUGGACGACACCCCCUUGCCCUCGGACGAGAAACUCAAGAAUCGUGGUUUCCAGUCGAUUGCAUAUAUUAUGUACACAUCCGGUAGCACAGGUCUGCCCAAAGGCGUGACGAUGAAGCAAGGGCGCAUCCUAGCAACUGGAUAUACCAUGGCGAAAUAUCUGAAACUAAAACCGACCGACCGCUUCUACACAUGCAUGCCGUUGUACCACGGGGCAGCCCAUGGACUUUGCGUGGCCCCAGUCAUUCAUUCGGGGUGCACGCUUGUGCUCGGUAGAAAAUUCUCACACAAAAGGUUCUGGCCAGAGGUUAGAGAAAGUAAAGCGAACAUCAUCCAGUACGUCGGCGAGCUUUGUCGAUAUCUUGUAAAUGCACCACCUAGUCCAGACGACAAAAAUCACAGUGUAUAUAUGGCGUGGGGAAAUGGCAUGCGCCCUGAUGUUUGGAGAGUCUUUCGUGAGCGCUUCGGCAUACCGGUUAUCAACGAGCUGUACGCAGCAACCGAUGGAAUGGGUUCCGCAUUGAAUUGGAACGAAGGUCCCUUCACGGAGUUCGCUAUUGCGAAAAGAGGAGCUCUUUGGAACUUGUUGAUGGGAAAGAAUGAGGUCAGAGUGAAGAUCGAUCCAGAAACGGAAGAUAUUUUACGCGAUGAGAAUGGCUGGGUGGUGCCUGUCGGCACGAAUGAGCCCGGAGAAGUUAUACAUAGGAUUGUGGAUCCAUCGGCUCCGAGGGACGGAUGGAAUGGAUAUUGGAAGAACACUGGAGCUGAGAACAAGCGCUAUCUCAGGGAUGCCUUCAAGAAGGGUGACAUGUGGUUCAGAUCGGGCGACAUGCAUCGCAUGGACGAAGAUGGACGCGUUUACUUUGUCGAUCGUCUAGGAGACACCUUCCGCUGGAAGAGUGAGAACGUAUCCACGAAUGAAGUGAGUGACGUCCUCGGUAGCCAUCCUCAGAUUGCCGAAGCAAACGUAUACGGCGUUGCUGUGCCGAAAGCGGACGGUCGUUGUGGAAUGGCAGCCAUUGUGUUGGCGGAGGGUGUGACUCUAGAGCAAUUUGAUCGAAAGUCCGUUGCUCAACACGUGCUAAGCGCACUGCCACGCUAUGCCGUACCUUAUUUCAUCCGUGUGACCCCUCAAUUGGAUUAUACUGGCACUUUGAAGAUGCAAAAGGGUAGACUCAAGAGAGAAGGAAUAGAUCCAAAAGUUAUUGCUGAGACGGGUGAUACGUUGUACUGGCUGCCAAUUGAUGGCAAGGAAUAUGUACCAUUUACAGAGAAAGAUUACGAAGCACUCAAGUCCGGCAGUGUAAGGUUAUAGGCCUUAGAAUCUAAUGUAACGUCGCUCACUUUGACGAACAUCGACUUGUCUGCAAGUGCAAAAUAUAAUUAAGCCUAACAGAUAGGCUGCUGGUCGAAGGCACCGGAAUGAAGAUAUUUG